AACAAAAGAUAAAAAAAGAUUGCAAAUAUUAAACCAUACUAACUCAGUUUUAUAGAAAUCAAAUACAUGCAAACUUAAAACUACUCAAUUUUAUACAUUUAUUUAUUCAUUUAUUUGUUUGUUUUAUUUUGAAAAUACAGGCGAGAUAACUUCGCUAAGGGAAUGAAAUAGUUUCGAAAACACAACUUCCCAGGAUGCUUUGCGAUAAGAACAACAAAUAUGGCGUAUCUGCUCAUCUUUUCCCGGACGUGAUAAGAAUUGUGAAGCGUACAACAGAUGAACUAAAGAAGCGACAACCGGGACAGCACUGCAGAAAAUUUACCGCUGCGGUGCAUCUACACUACACAUACCUGUCUACGCCGGUGAGUCAACGGACACUAUGCCCUCUCCUAAAGCGAAAAACCCCGGUCGCAGCGGAGGAAGCCCGGUGCUCGGGAGCUCAAACGGCCGCUAUGAGUUCAUGUCUCUGACAAAGCCGCUAAACCGGUCUUCACCGCCACACCUGCUCCAGCGCCAGGGCUCCGACCCGACCACGGCCCGCCUUCGAGCCUCUGAAAGCCCCACUCGGCGCCGGGGCUCCGGCUCCUCCACGGGCUCCGCGAGCGGUCAGGGGCCACCUGAAGAGGAUGGUAUCCGGCUCAACCCUCCCUCAUGCGUAGCGCUCAGCUCCCUGCUGGCCAUCGACCUGUGGCUGUCCAAGCAGCUGGGAGUGUGUGCCUGUGAGGACUCGUCCUGGGGCAGUGUGCGCCCCUUAAUGAAGCUCUUAGAGAUAUCGGGACAUGGUAUCCCGUGGCUGGCUGGUACCGCCUACUGUCUGUACAAGAGCGACAGUGCUGCAGGACAAGAAGUCAUGCUCAACCUUUUCAUGGGGCUGCUGCUGGACCUGAUCUUGGUGGGCAUUGUUAAGGCAGUGGUGCGUCGGCGUCGGCCAGCACAUAAUCGUAUGGACAUGUUCGCCACCUUUUCUGUGGACCGCUACUCCUUCCCCUCCGGACAUGCCACGCGCGCCGCUAUGUGCGGCCGUUUCCUGCUAGCUCACCUCGUGCUGGCUGCCCCGUUGAGAGUUCUCGUUCUGCUGUGGGUGGGCCUGGUAGGGUUGAGUCGAGUGAUGCUGGGCAGGCACAAUGUGACUGAUGUGAUGUUUGGUUUCUGGAUGGGCUAUUGCCAGUACAACCUUGUGGAAAUGCUGUGGCUGUCCCCUCAAACACUGCAAGGGCUGCUGGGACAGUCAGCUUAAAGACUAAAGGAAAUGGUAGUUUAUAUUUGAGUGAAGGAGCACGUACACACCUUUUUUCCCUUUAUAGUAAUAUAUUCUCACUGAAUUGAAAGCAGCACCAUUUCUAAGGUUGGGAUCAUUUUAAAAAUACAUUUAAUUUGUAACAAAACAAUAUUUGCUGAAGAGAAAUAUGAAUAAUGUUGUGCAGCAUAAAGUUGUGUUAAAAAAAAAAAUUGUUUUGUUAUAAAAUAAAUGUUUUUAUAAAUUCAAAUAAAUAUUAAGAAUACGUUUUACAUCCCAUAAGUGCUGUAUUGGAGAUUAUGCUGACGCUAGAGAGUAGAUCUUUAUCAAACAAACAAAACGAAGAGUUUUUCAUGUUGUGUGCCACUUAAGUCCACUACCAGCCCUCUUUCUAAGGUAGCUGCUAGCUUGUCUAUAACAAGUAGCAGGUUAAUCCCAACAGAUUACAGGAGAAAAGGUUUGACCAUUUACCUUCUGAACUUCUCUAACUCACCUAUGACACUUCUGUAGCUUUAUUUAAGGAUACAGUUUUAAGUGCAGUUUCCUGAUUUAAAUGGAGAACAUUAUUUAAAGUGCAGUCUAUGAGCUUUCAAUUUGAAUAAGAACCACCUGUGAUUUCAGAAGUGAAGUAAAAUAACUCACUAGAAUUGCCAGAGUCAGUGAUCUGUCUCAAUUUUACAUUCACAACACAGUUUAAUGGGCUUUUACUUACUUUACCCAUCCACAAACUUUAUAAGCAAGCUCAGUUCAGUUUUUACAAAAUCUAGCAAAAAGUUUUAAAAAGUGAAACAAAUGUGUUGAACACAAUGUUACGCUACCACAGCAUUCCACCAGUGGCAGCUUAUUCAUGUGCAUGAAAAGAAGUGUACUUUAGAGUUGCUGCACAGCUUUGAGUGAAAUAAGUUGUUCAAUCUGGAAACCAUGGCAAAAACUUAUUAAAUAGUAGUAUUUAUUAAACAUAAUGGGAAAAACUGAAUUGAAAAUAACCAGAAUUUAAUAUAUAAUAAUAUCAUAUCAUAUAAUUUAUGAAUCAGACAUGCUGGGGGGGUUUUUUGUUUUGUUUUUUUAAUGGAAGAUUGUAUAACUACUCUGUGAAUAGUUUUCACAAUUCACAUUUACUUGCUGACAUCAAAUGAAAACUGCACAUAUAGCGAACUUGCUUACCUGUCAUUACCUGCCCCCGUCUAGCCUUUCUAGGAGCUAAUCAUGUUAUAAGCCCUAACAUGUCCUCAAAGCUUUGUUCACAGAGCACAGAGGGCCUUUCAUUCUUCUUUACGUGACUACUGAUCGGAUAAGAAGACAUAACAUUCUUUUAAGGAGGCACAUCCAAACCCUCAUAAAGAUUAAUUGCACCCCAUAUAUUUGUCUGUUUGACUUUAACACUAUCGCUCUUUCAUUAAUAGUCAACCAAAACUGUACAUGUACCUGAUAACUUAUCAGCUCUGAUGGAUUACAUACACUUAACCGUAAUGUUAUCAGGUCGUCUACAUAAAUCACUUGCAGAAAUUUGCAAACACAGUAUAGUUGGCAUAUCAGAUUUGUACAGUGUAUUUGCUUAAAGGGACAAUUCACCCAAAAAUCAAUUGGCUUAAGAGUUGUCUUCACUUAAAUGGAAUAAGACACUGCACAUUUGUCUUUAUUAGGCAGGAAUGCAGUAUAAUGCACACACUUGGGUCUUAAGUACUACAGGAGUAUAUACUGUAUAUAGACGUUUUCAUUUUGAAAUUUACUGAAAAACUAAGGAAAAAAAAAAAACUUGAUUCACUUGAAAUUGAAUGACUCACAGGUGUGCUGUUUUAAUUAUAUAUAAAAGAUUGUAAAUAUAUUGCAUGGUUAGGUUUUUUCAUUCACAUUUAAAUGCUUUUGGACAUUAAAUACAUAAAUGUAUAUGAAGGGGAAAAAAUAAUGAUCUGUAGUUUCAUUAAACACAAUUUUUCAGUCUUGUUUUCUGGUUUUCUUCUAAGCCCUUUGCUGCAUUAGAACUUUGCACAAAAAGUAAAAGUUUGAUUAUUUCUUUGUAGUAACAAUGCUACUGGGCGAUAAAUCUUAUACUGCUGGAAAGCCUGUUGUUUCCCCCUAAAUGGUGCCACAUUUGUAAGGGAAAUGCAUUUGUGGGUUGAGCAGCAGAGUUGAGUAUUUGCGUUGCACCUAUGAGAAACUUGCCAAAUCUUCUCUGCCAAUGCCAAACAGCUUAUUCUGCUAUUGAUUCUUUGUUUUUGAGCUUCUGACUAGCAGCACCAGUGACCCUGCCAGUUAGUGCUCCAAGCAUGCUACAUUUGACUGAUCUGGAUAGGGCUCUUGCCAACUUCAAGAGCAACUUCAAGGAGAUGUUCCCCAAAAUAAAAUUGCAGCAUUAUUUGGAGUGAGCUCUAAUACCUUCUCCAAAUUAAAGAUCAAGUUCCAUAUAACGGAUGAAGUCAGAAGUAGGCCAUGAAGUGCAUGUCACAAGAAGGCAACACCACAUGAAAACCAUUUCCUCACCCUGUCAGAACCUCGAAACUGCAGGCUGUCUUCUACAGAGUUGCAGCCAAGGUUUGCUGGACAAUAUGGUGAGACAAUCCAGAACAGACUCCACACAGCCAGUCUUAUGAGGCCGCCAGGAGGCCUACCAUGACUGCCCUUCACAGUAAGGCCCGUUUGCAUUGUUGGUGUGAGUAACAUGUGCACUGGAACCUGAAAGUGUGGAGGAACAUUGAGUAAUGCGUCCAGAUUUUGUCUACAGCAGUUAGAUCGCCUGUUAAAGUACGGCCUCACUACUUUUGAACAUUGAGCGGGGUCCUUCCACAGUUUGGAAGAUGAGAGGAUGGUGUUCGUUGAUUUCCAAUGAACACAUAUGGGAUCAACUUUUGCGUGCUGUUUGUGCGAGAGUUACCAGCACAACCAGAUAGGCUGACUUGUGACAAAUACCGAUUGAAGAAUGGGAUGCGAUCCCAUAGCAGUAUGUGACCAACCUGGUAACCAGCAUGAGCAGGAGAUGCCAGGUUAUUGUGGCUGCAUAUGGUUCGUCCGCAUGCUACUGAAGCCCGAUUGUUAAUGUACAAACUGCUAAAUUGCCAACAUGUCUUGUUUCUUCAAACCUCAGUAAUUCAAGCCAAUAAACGACACAAACAAGAGUAAAGACCAGACUAAGUUGUUUCACAUUGCCAGAGGAGAUUUGGCAAGGUUUUCAUAGGGGCAAACCACGUACUCAACACUUCUGCUCAAACCACAAAAGCAUUUUUCUUACAAAUAUGGCAGCAUUUAAGGGGAAAUAAACAGGCUUUCCAACGGUAUGAAAUUUAGUGUUACAACAAAGAAAUAAUUAAGCAAACACAAAUUUCCUGACUUUUGUGAUAAGUUUGGAAGCAAAUCAGAAGCUAGCUGCAGGGGCGUAAUUUCCAGGGGGUUAGGGGGGUUAUGACCCCCCUCCCCCAAUAAUCAGACCCAAACAAUAUAACCCACCCAAUAAAAUUAUGAAUUAUCUUGCAUAAAUAGGCUGUUUAUUUUCUUUACUCAUUUCAGUUAUUACCAGCAAAAUAGGUGCAUGUUUAAUCAUCUGGGAAUUUACCCAGAUUUAUUUAUUUAUUUAUAUUACCCAGAGAUCUUGCCCCCACCCCCCACCCCCACGCCCAUGGCUAGCUGUGACACUUAUAAUAUUAACACUUUAUAUCUGAGACUGAAAUAUGCAACAAGUGGUAUUAUACCUAUACCUUGGGCAUGGAAUGCAUGGGUAAACACCUGGAAUGUAAUAAUUUCCUCAAGUCCAUACCUGAUUGCUCUGUCUGAAAAUUAAAAAUUUCAGCCCAAGAAAAUAUCGCCUAAAAUGUUCUUAUUGAAAAUCCGUCCUAAUUCCUACACUGUGAAAUCAUUCCUAACAAUACUAGAGUUUACUUUUUUACUUUUUUUUAAUGCUUCACCAAUGUCUAAAAAAAAAAAGGGCAAUAAUCUAGAUAAGUAAAUAGAAAACUAAUAAGCUGAUUUUUUUUUUUUAAAUUACACAAUUUAUUUGCCACUUGUGCCAAAGCAGCAAGCAGUUAUUUUGUUGGUAUCACAUUUAGGUGAUGCCAUGUUUAGGUUUACUAUUUCAUUUUUUUGUUAUGAUAUGGUGUGUGCUGCAAGGGGUUCAUGGAUGAAUGGACAUAAGGUAUAUGGUUUUGUUUCUGCAUUGUACAUGUACUAAGAUGCAUGGAUAAAUGUGGAAUGCGCAUUUGUGGAAAUGCACAUCGCCAAAAGGACUGAAUAAUGUCUCUUUUUCAACUACAAUAAUGAGUGAUAUAGUUUUUGUAGGUUAUAUAUUUGAUGACCUGGCUCUUUGACCUACUGAACCCGGCGUGAAUUUCAAUGUUUAGUCAAAACACAAGAAACAAUCAUGUAUGUCUGCGUAUCACUGGGUUAAUAAUUAUCCACACCAACCCAAUGACUGAACCUGUACGCAAAGUUGUUUUUCAGUGCACAUAUUACUGUAUUUCCCAGAAUUAUUUUGAUGUUUAAUCUGUUUUUGUGCAAUGCCACACUCAGUAGUUGAUUAAAUGCCCAAGUGAGGUCCGACAUUAACUUUAAAAUUUUAAAUGACGCAAGUAGUUAAGAUGUUGUAACUGAAAUGUGUGUUGGACGUUGGCAUUGUCACAGAGGCUAUUGACCCUCACCAUUAGAACUUGGAGGGUGAGAGAAGAGACGUAGUUAACCGUUUUGUGUCCUUAAAGCUGCUGGCUGCUCCACUUUUGUGCCAAAUCUGAGUGAAUGUUUAUUUCUUCUUCUCCUUCUUCUUCUUCUUUCUGGUAAAAUUGCAGUGUUAUUUAGGAAAUCUUUGCUUCUACUAGGGAUGCACAUUGGCUCCAUAGCUGAUGGCAGUGGCUAAUGUUUAAUCUGCAUUCGGUGCAUUCAUUUUGCACUCACUUACUGUUCAAAGAUGUGUGAUUAGAAGGUGAAAGUACAUUUUUAAAUAGUUUUUUUAAUGAUAAAGAUUUUUUUCUUUCUCAGUACAACAGAGAAAAUGAAGGGAUAUGAACAUUAGCUGCCAGUCAAAUCGAUACUUCAAAUAGCAGUAUCAGCCAAUCACCAUCAGUCCAUCAUUAUAAAACUAAGCUUAGUAAGUUGAAUGGGAAUUUUAAAUCCUUUUUGAUUGGUUUAUAAUUCUAUAAAGGAAAAAAUUGUUGUGCUAGUACUACAAAGAAAAGCAAAUAAACAUUAUGCAUAUGUUUUUGCAUCUCUGCAUGAGUUUAAUGUCGUGUUUGAAGUGUAUGGCUAGACCACUCUGUCAGGAGGGAGCAAAUACUUGAGUCAGUUGCACAAGUGCUUGCUCACUUCAAACACACACCUCAGUACUGCCAGAGACCAGAAGUUACAUCAGUUUUUUUGUCCUGUAUUACGUGUGUUUGACGAAAAGAAAGUUUCGUGUCCGUCUCUGGGGUCUUUUUUUUUUCUGUGGUUUGUGCUAGUUGGUCUAAGCCAGAUCCAGAUACCUGUAUGAACUCAGCAGACUGUUCCCACUCAGAUAUUUUAUUGACCUUGUGCAAUCUGUGCUGUCUCUGCAAUAACUGACCGAUGAUCUUCCCAGUGGCAGUGAGAAAGGUUUCAGCCUUGAGGAUUUUCACUUAAUUACACUUUGGUUGUAAAUCUAAAUAUGCUGGAUGGUAAUUUUUGUGACCAAAUUAUUUUUAUGAUUGAUUCUUUUCUUUUUUUAAGACUAAAAAUGUUUAAACAAUUAGUUGUGUAUGUUGUGUACUUAAAGAUUUUGCACAUUUCUCAUAACCUGUACUGUAACAGUUGAGAAACUUUAUGAACAAAAUGUAUUUCUUAUUCUAUACAUUCUUCAAACAUGAAGCCAGCUUCCAGACAUUUUACUGCACUCAUUGCCUGCUAAAUACUAUGAACUACACUGUAUAUCACUUGUAUAGAUCUUAUAAUGUACA